UGGCCUCAAAACAGAAGAUAUAAAUACACAAGAAUGAAGCUCCUUCUUGCAUUCAAAUCUAUAGCAAUUAACUGCCCUCCGGCCAAUCUGGUUUCAUAGUAAAUGGAGACCCUUUGCGCCUAUCUUCUCAUCUUUGCUGCCAUCUCCGGCGCUCUUGCUUCAGAUCCCGACCUUCUUCAAGAUGUCUGUGUAGCAGAUUUUGCCUCUGGGACAAAGCUGAACGGAUAUGCAUGUAAGGAUGCGGCAAAUAUAAGCGCAUCGGAUUUCUUCUUCGACGGUCUGGCUAAGGAGGGAGUGCCCAACAAUUUGAUGGGAUCAGUGGUGACUGCAGCCAACGUGCAGAAGAUUUCGGGCCUCAACACGCUGGGAGUGUCGCUGUCCCGGGUGGACAUCGCACCAGGCGGCCUGAACCCACCUCACACCCACCCACGAGCCACCGAGAUCGCUUUCGUUUUGGCAGGUGUAUUGGACGUGGGCUUCAUAACUGCCUCAAACGUGCUGGUUUCCAAGACCAUCAAGAAAGGUGAAGUUUUUGUUUUCCCCCGAGGUCUGGUUCACUUCCAGAAGAACAAUGGCGACGAGCCUGCGGCCAUCCUGGGCGCCUUCAACAGCCAGCUACCGGGUACGCAGUCUAUAGCAGCAACGCUGUUCACGGCGACGCCGGAAGUGCCGGACAAUGUGAUGACCAAGGCCUUCCAGAUUGGUACCAAGGAGGUAGAGAAAAUCAAAUCCAAACUCGCCCCAAAGAAGGCGUAGAAUUUAUCUCCAUAUCUUAGCAUUUUGUGGAAAAUGAUUUAUGUAAUAUUUUUUUUUGUUUAUUGAUAAAUUUGUUUGAAAUUGAUCCUAAAUAAGAUGAAAUAAAAGUAAU